GCACGCUGCAUGCACACGAGACAUUACGCGCAACGACCAACAACACACCACACCACACACAACACCACACGCAACAAUGAGUGGUGAGCAGCAGCAGCAGCAGCAGGAGAUGGCUGCCAUGCUGGCGGCUUGUGACAAGCACAAGCUGCCUGUAAGACAGCGUGGACAGGGGCCGCCACCCCCUGAUGCUUCAUCGACAACAACGACAACAACGACAACAACGACAACGACAACAACAACAACAGUCCGCAAAGGCGUCGCUCCCAUCAAACCAGAAUUCAUUCUGCCGUGGGAUCCAGACCUUGCAGCUGACAAGAAGGACAUGCGUGGACAGCACAGGAAACGUGUCAAGAAGACAAAGAAGAACAAGACCAAACUCUGCCUCGCUUUUGCAAAGAGUGGAGCGUGCUCGUAUGGAGACAAGUGCAAGUUUGAGCACGACUUUGACAAGUAUCUACAGACGAAACCACCAGACGUAGAUGCGCCCUGCCCCUUCUGGGAACGGGAGGGCGGCAAGUGUCGCUUCGGCAUCAUGUGCCGGUUCUACAGCUCGCACAAGACACUCGCCACAACAACAGAAACCACAGAAGCCACAACUACCACAACAGCACCGGCGGGUGACUUUGAUGUGGCAAAGGCAAAUACGGUGCACACCGACAUUGACAUCAACGAGACGAACGACAUCAGCAACGACCUGCGCCAGCGCCUGCGCCGCUUCAAGUAUCCGUUUCCAAAGUCAGAGGAGUACAUGGUGCUGUUUUCCCGCGCAAACACGGGUGCAGAAGCACGCGAGGAGGUCGAAGAGAAGCUCGUCAGUGCUAUCGCUGACAAGGAGCGCAAACAGAUUGACUGGAAGGACAAGCUGUACCUUGCGCCACUGACGACGGUCGGCAACCUCCCCUUCCGCCGGCUCUGCAAGCGCCUCGGAGCAGACAUCACCUGCGGCGAGAUGGCCAUGGCGCGAAACUUGCUCGAGGGCCAGAAGUCCGAGUGGGCGCUGCUGCGGCGGCACGAGAGCGAGGAUGUGUUUGGCGUGCAGAUCUGCGGAAACCACCCGCGCCUCACCACCAAGUGUGUGGAGCUUCUCUCAAACGAGACAGACGUCGACUUCAUCGACCUCAACUGCGGGUGCCCGAUUGACCUUGUCUUCAACCACGGCAGCGGGUCUGCCCUCCUUGCAAGGAAGCGUCGUCUCGGCGAUAUCCUCAGAGGCAUGAGCUUUGCAUCGCGCGUGCCGAUCACGGUGAAGAUCCGUGCUGGCGUCACCAACACCUCCUGGACGUCGCACACCCUCAUGCCCAUUUUCCGCGACGCAGGCGUCUCCCUCGUCAGCAUCCACGGGCGGAGCCGGCAGCAGCGGUACGCGCGAUUGGCAGACUGGGGCUAUGUGCGCAAGUGCGUGGAGGAAGCAAAGGGGCUUCCCGUGUACGGCAACGGAGACAUUCUGUCGUUUGAGGAGGCGAUGCAGCACAAGGCGACAACCGGCGUGUCGGGCCUCAUGCUCGCCCGCGGCGCCCUCAUCAAGCCCUGGCUCUUCACAGAGAUCAAGGAACAGCGCCACUGGGACAUCUCUUCCUCCGAGCGGUUUCAGUUCCUCAAGGACUUUGCUGACUACGGCCUCACCCACUGGGGAUCAGACCAGCAGGGUGUUGAGACGACGCGGCGGUUCCUGCUUGAGUGGCUGUCGUUCACGUACCGCUACAUCCCCGUUGGGCUACUGGAGCGCCUGCCGCAGCGCAUCAACGAGCGCCCACCCCGAUUCCACGGCCGUGACGACCUCGAGACCCUCCUCGCCAGCCCGCACAGCACCGACUGGGUCAAGAUCUCGGAGAUGCUGCUUGGCCCACCGCCUUCGAGCUUCGAGUUUGUUCCGAAGCACAAGGCCAACAGCUACGACGACACCACGCCAGAGUAGUCAACCGCGCACGCGCGCGCGCACACACACACACAGUGUGUGUGUGUUUGCAUUGGUGUGUAGUUGAAGUCCUGGAGGUUCCAUGUGCCAUUCAUUGUUGCGUUUUGAUUUCAUCACAGCUCUAUUGUCACGGAAAUACAGACCAGACACACAGUCAUACAUUGCCAUGCAAACCACUCGUGUACGCACGUGUACGUACGCGUGCAUGGUGUGGUGUUCACGAUUGUACGGGCCGAUUUGCAUAGUCCUGUGAUUGGCGGUGGUGGUGGUGGUGGCGGUGGUGGUGGCAUGCGCGU